UUAAGGUUGCUUGAGAGCUCGCUCUUUGUAAGUGGAAGGAGCGAGAGCGGAAAGGAACGUCUCAGUGAGGCAAUUCACGUUAGGAAACGGACUGGAUAAAACAGGACUUGGACAGUAUUGCUACGGCGUUUCGUCAGCGAUGGAAUAGUUAGGCAGGAUGAGGGACGUGGACGUGGUCCCGGUGCGAGGGUGAGCGCCGGGGCGGGGGAGCGCCGUGUGCCCGGCGGAGCCACACCGAACGGAACCGAGCCGUGCCGAGCUGAAUCGCUUUGGAUGAGCCGCUGAGAUGAGACGAGAUGAGGCUCAGGAAUGGAACCGUUGCCACCGCGAUCGUGUUCCUCACGUCGUUCCUCAGCCUGUCGUGGUACACAGCCUGGCAGAACGGAAAAGAAAAGCUGAUUGCCUACCAGCGGGAAUUCCAUGCGUUGAAGGAGCGCCUCCGUGUGGCAGAACACAGGACCUUGCAGCGGUCCUCCGAGCUCAAUGCUAUUCUGGAGCAAUUCCGGCGCGCAGUUGCUGAGACAAACGGCAGCCGGGAUGCCCUCUCCAACUUCUCAGAUGAGACCCAGAAGUUACUGAAGGAACUGGCCCACCGGAAACCUCUUCAGGUGCCAAACAUAUACUACCACCUGCCUCACCUGCUGAACAAUGAGGAGAGCCUCCAGCCAGCUGUACAAGUUGGCCUGGGCAGGACGGGAGUGUCCAUGGUCAUGGGGAUCCCCACGGUGCGGAGGAAGGUGAAGUCUUAUCUGGCAGAGACACUGCACUCACUGGUGGACAAGCUUUCUCCUGAGGAGCGACUGGAUUGUGUAUUUGUCGUCUUUGUGGGAGAGACGGACACAGACUAUGUGCACAGUGUUGUCGCCGGUCUGGAGAAGGAGUUUGCAGCAGAGUUCAGCUCUGGGCUGCUGGAGGUGAUUUCACCACCGGCUAGCUAUUACCCUGACCUCAGCAAUCUGAAGGAGACCUUCGGUGACUCCAAGGAACGCGUCCGGUGGCGAACAAAACAGAACCUGGACUACUCUUUCUUGAUGAUGUAUGCUGUGAACAAAGGCGUUUACUAUGUCCAGCUUGAAGAUGACAUUGUUGCCAAGCCAAACUACUUUGCCACCAUGAAGAACUUUGCAUUGCAGCUAGCUUCUGAGGACUGGAUGAUCCUGGAGUUCUCCCAGCUGGGAUUCAUAGGAAAGAUGUUCCAGGCGCCAGACCUGAACCUGAUUGUGGAGUUUAUCUUUAUGUUCUACAAGGAGAAACCCAUUGACUGGCUGCUAGACCACAUCUUGUGGGUCAAAGUGUGCAACCCCGAGAAGGACGCGAAGCACUGUGAGAGACAGAAAUCCAGUCUCCGUGUGCGGUUCCGCCCCUCCCUCUUCCAGCAUGUUGGCCUGCACUCCUCUUUGGCCGGAAAGAUCCAGAAACUCACAGACAAGGACUUCCUGAAGCCAUUGCUCCACAAGAUCCAUGUGAACCCUCCUGCAGAAGUCUCCACCACACUGAAGGUAUACCAGGGCCACACGCUGGAGAAAACCUACAUGGGUGAGGACUUCUUCUGGGCCAUCACCCCCACUGCUGGUGACUACAUCCUCUUCAAGUUUGACCGGCCUGUCAGCAUUGAGAGGUACCUGUUCCGUAGCGGAAACCAGGAGCACCCCGGGGACAAGAUUGAAAACACCACCGUGGAGAUCCUGCCUUUCUCUGACACUGAUUUGAAGACCAAAGAUAAAUAUAAAAAGACAGAGGAUCACUUCUACAGAAUCGGGCAGUUUGAGAAGGGUGUGGCCGAGGCCGCAGUGGAUCCCAUCUUCAACCCUGUGGUGGCCCUACGACUCACUGUCCUCCAGGACUCUGCUGUGUGGGCUAUCCUGAGUGAGAUCCACAUCAAGAGAGUCUCUGGAUGACUAACUCGCAGUUUCUCAAUGGACCAGUAGGAGGCGCAUGCUGCCACUGCAAAGCCAAUGGAGCCCAGUGGUGGGGAUUGGGGUGGGUGGGGGGUUCAUGGCACUCCUGUGUUGUCACCUCCUGGAAAAACGCUUUCCCUGACACUCCUACGUUCUACCUCGUGCGAAUGUGAACACUACUGUUAGAAACAACUCACCUUCAUGAAAAAUCUUGGGCUGCCCUGAAUGUGCUGGUGUGAAGAAUACAUGGAGUGGACGUGUUUUGCGUUGAGGGCAUUGUAUUCUGGAAACGGUGAGAGAUGCCGUUUGAAGUGGAUGCUGCUGUCCUUUGAUCUGGCCCUCUGCAUUGAAGAAAUGGGAUUGAUUCCAUAUUUGGUUGUAAAACAGGGUUAUGCUGAGAAAAUGGAGAUAAUUUGAGGGUUUUUCAGGUAUGCUGACAUGUCUACGGAGGCUCCACGUUUGGCCCAGAUUUUAAGGAGCAGAGUGUUAAUCCUUGUUCAUUUUUCAGAAAAUGUUGCGAAAGUCUUGCUUUAAGUGGGUGGGGGGGAUACUAAAGGAAAAUCAUACAGAUCUCAAUUGGCUGUUUUUCCUGCAAGCGCUCAGGCGUGCCUCUAUUUUGGCGUCUUGUUCUGUAGAGCUGAGUGGGUAAAUGUCUGCAGACAGAAGCCAUGUGCUUUGAAGGGUAUGAUGAAGACCGUUUGACCUGAAAAUUGCUUUUUUGACAUAUAUGAAGCACUGCCAUAAUUGGUAUUCUUUCAUAGAAAGUAUAAUAAGGCCUUUGGUUCAGUUUUCUAGGAUGGAUGUAUUACCUUGAUAAACAAUGGUGACUUAAUUUAUUUGGAGUAAUUGUAUUAUUUGUAUAAUUAGUAAUUUCUAUUUUUCCUGUCUGUACAGAGGUCUGUGUAUUUAACAUAUAUAUUUAAUUUGGUUUUGUCUUAAACUGAAUGGUCUUUAAGUGCAUUUGAAUUCCCUCUGUCCCCCAUCCCCCUCGGGGGUGUAAGUCUGUGGCUUUGUCCAAUGCGGUUUAGUGCCGUGAUACGGUGUCACGUGUGCCUUAAAUGCCACGCCCCUUCUCACUAGGGAUCUAAUAGGUUUUGAAUCAGUCUCUGUAAGCUAAGAAGGAGCUGUUAACCUGAUGGAUGGGCUGCAGCCCUCGGUUGGGGAGCAACUCUCCACAUAUAAGCAAGUUGUGUAUACAGUCGAUGUUCUGCGUGUUUAACGGUGGAAAUGAGGGCCUUGUUUUUAAUAUCUAAUGCAUCACAGCUGAGAGCUUGUAGAAAUUGUUCAAAGAAUUGGGUGUGAUUUAACUGUAUCACUAUGGCUGUUUGAGUAUCUUUCAGGGGCAAUAUCUUUUUACCCCACCUUCUUUCAUCCUUUGGCAACCUUUUUUCAAAUUUUUGAAAUGCCUUCUGUUCCUAAAUAUUCAUUGCAUUCCCCACAAAACUUUGCUGCACUGCAAUCAUAAAUGUAUUCUGGGGCAGUAAGUUGUCUUUGUUUCCUAUUUGUUAGUUGGCAACUUGCUUUUUUUUCUUUUUUUAUUUGAAGAAUGAUGCUCAUGUUGACAAAUCAGCCUCUUUAAGAAGGAUUGCAUGGGCCAGGUUAUCUGGUCUUUGUCUUCAUUUUUGCCAAUGUUUUCAUAGACUGACAUACUUCUUGAGUCUUGUUUUACAGACCUUAGCUAAUUUAGGCAAGUGUGUGUAAUAAGAGCAGCCUGUGCUGGACUGGGUUUGAAUAGGGGAGGAGGGUGUAGAAUAAAUUUAUGCUACCUGGAGCAAUGGGUCUUUUGGUUUUGGUUUGUCUCCUCCACAUUCCAGGUUUAGACAGGAAAUGUCUGGUGGGUGGAAGACAUGUAGGCCCCCCGCACAUCAGUAAUGUUAAUUGUGUAGGUGAGGAGCUGGCUGCCUUCAAGGGUCAUGUGCCUUCAUCCGUCUGUCUAUUUCAUGGAUAUCGCUGAAUAAAAAUUGAAUACA